CGUCCGAUAAUCCAGUCCUUCUCCCACGUCAACCAAACGCCUUCCCCUCCCCUGCUUCUGAUUGCCGAAUGUCUCUCACCCUCCAUACCACCCUCGGUGACCUCAAAGUCGAGCUCUACCCGGCUCAGACGCCCAAGACAUGCGAGAACUUCCUGGGGCUCGCAGCAUCGGGAAGCUAUGAUGGCACAUUGUUCCAUCGCAACUUGGCGGGAUUCAUGGUUCAAGGUGGUGAUCCCACUAAUACGGGCAAGGGGGGGACGAGCAUCUACGGUGGCGCCAAAUUCAAUGACGAGAUCAGAAGCAGUUUGAAGUUCAACUCACGAGGCAUCCUCGCUAUGGCAUCAUCAGCGCCCAACACUUCGCAGUCCCAAUUCUUCCUUACCUACGCACCCUUACCACACCUGGACGGCAAACAUACCAUCUUUGGCCGGCUGAUAGAUGGCGACGACGUGUUGGACCGCAUGGAGAAGCUGCCCGUAGACGCGAAAGGCAGGCCCGACAACAAGGGCGCAGAAUGCAGGAUCCAGUCGAUCACCAUUCACGCCAACCCGAUAGCCAAGGCAGCGAGAGAUGAGGCUGGGGGUAGAUAGCAGACGACUAAGACACCCAUGUAACAAUAGCAAUUACCAUUCUACGCAUGCCUUCCCUUCUACUCUUCGUCGCUCUCCUCCUCGCUCUCACUCUCGCUCUCCCCCUCCUCUACGACCCACCUAACGACGGGUUCCGCCUUCUUCCUCAGAUCCGCCCUGCCUUCUCCCCCCUUUGCUUCCUCCGUCCCCCUCGAAGCGGGACUCUUCCAC